CGGUCUCUAGCAGCAUACAAAUUGGCAAUCAGGAUGUUGGAUGGUGCGUUUAUUGAGGGUUCGACCUGCCAGAAAGGUGAACUUAAGACAGAGGACGAAGCAAGGCUGGUUUCCUGUUUCUCAAAUGCUGGUCUUUGUUUACUACGCCUGACCAAAAAGCUAGAAAAUAGUGAUUCCUUUGAGAUCUUGCACAGGGGUACUGCUCUCCGGUCAAGUGACCUGGCCAUUUACUGUAUAAAAGCAUGUGCAAUUCUGAAGGAUUUUGAUUCGUCUGUGGUGUAUGCCUCCAAAGCUUUGGCUCAGCUAAAUACUUCCGAAGCAAAUUUCUCCAAUGUGGAUGCAUCUCUUACACGUAUUUCGCAAUGCUUGUCCUUAUGGCGUAAGGCUGCAUAUGAUCAACAGCUUGCCGAAGGUAAAACAGUGAGGGAGGCUUUUUGCAAGCGAGUUCGUGAAAUGAUUGCCACAGAUACAUUUUACUGCGACUUGGAUGGAGCAGAUUUUGAGAUAAAUUCCUGGUCAAAUUCACUGGCCGACAAAUUUAUGUCAUUGCAUGAAGAGCUAGAGGCAUUUGGAGAGAAAAUGCCAGAGAGAUCUGCCGUGAAAGAACCUUCCUCUUUUUAUGAUGGAAACGUUCACUUAGACCCUAUCGAUGACGCAGGCUCAGACUCGGAUGAUUGA